AUGGAUGCUCUUCGAUGUUCAGUUGGUACCAAAUUAAGAACAGAUAGUCGGGGAUUACUAGAGUAGAAAACAUAGACCCAAGAAUCCAGACCAGAGACACCAACGCAAAAAGUAGAAGAUGCGUAGCUUAAGCCGACCCCUCCCUAAGGUACUAGCCCCUUCCGGGGGUAGCCUCUCCCGGACUGCUAGGAUCGUAAGGCGAGAAUUCUCUUCCGCACCCGCAGUCCCGAUGGUCAUCGAUGGCAAAAAACGGGACAGUCAAGCAACGAGUUUUUUCGACGUUCAUAAUCCAGCAACAGCUAUGGGUUUCUUCGGAAGCAGCAGUAGUAGCUUGACGUCGAGACUACUUCGUACUCGUAGUAUCAUCAACUAGAACUAGCUUCUAAGAACAUACAGGACGCGACUACAAAAUUCUGCUUCGUCAAUAAGAAGAUACAUCAUUUUAUCCAUUUUCUUUUUCAAAAAUUUGAAGAUCCUUGUAGUCUUCCUGUUCUUCUAGACAACUCACCAUGAUUCUUCUUCUUCUUCUUCUUCUAAUCUCCACGAGUUGAUCGCCCGAACUCCUUUGUGUACCCCCAGUGAGAUCGCAGAGGCAACUGCUAGCUGUAAGGAGGCGUUUAAAUCGUGGAAGUUGGUCGGACCUUCCCAGAGGGCUCGCGUGAUGCACAAAUUUGAGGGCGCAAUCAGGGAUAAUACCGAUUAUGGAUGAGAGGUAGAAGGUGCGAAGAAGUUCACGACUGACAAUGUUUCUACAUCUAUAAAAUGUCAUGUUUAAAGUGGUGACUCGAUGAUUACUUCUGAUGAUGAUCAUAGUUGCAGUUGUCUUUUAUUUGCAUAUAUAAUUUUGUGACAAGCACAAGCUGUUGCUCUUACUGUUUGGAGAUGAACCCGUCUUUUCCUUCAACAUCACCCCCUCCAUGUCUAUUCCUGGAGCAUCUAAUUCCCAGAGUUAGCAGCACUCGUGUCUCUAGAACAGGGUAAGACCAUUGCCGAUGCCAAGGGCGACAUUUUUCGAGGCCUCGAGGUGGUGGAAAUGGCCUGCGCUUUGCCCAGUUGGUUGCAGGGGGAAUCUCUCCAGAACAUAGCCACAGGUGUCGAUUGUCACAGCUAUCGCACGCCCCUUGGAGUCACGGCGGGCAUUGCACCCUUCAAUUUUCCAGCUAUGAUUCCACUCUGGAUGUUCCCGUUUGCUGCUGGUACUCUUACUAAAAUAGUUUGUAUCUCUUAAUAUUUUGUGGAACAUCGAUGUCAAUCUGGACGUUCCCGUUUGCUGCUGGUACUUUUCCUAGUUUUGUAUCUCUUAAUAUUUUGUGGAACAUCGUCAAUUUAUAGAUUCCACAACCUGAAGCUGAAAUCAUAAUCCAGCUAUGAUUCCACUCUGGAUGUUCCCGUUUGCUGCUGGUACUCUUACUAAAAUAGUUCUAAUUAAUCAUAAUCAACCAGAAUUAUAAAGUCAAAAGUUAAAACUCCAUCAACUCCAUCAACUCCCCGACCACUACCAGGCUGCGGCAAUACGAUGCUGAUGAAGCCAUGUGAACGAGUGCCGUUGACGAGUAUAAGGCUAAUCGAACUGGCAAUCGAAUGUGGCUUGCCACCAGGUGUUUGUAAUGCUAUCCACGGAACACAUGAUAUUAAGGAUUGAAAUAUUUCAUAUUUGAUACAGGCUUUUCAUCCCUUAAGAUAAAGAUUGCUCUUUAAAAAUCAUCUCCCUUGCUUAAGAAAAGCGGCACCUUUAAAAAUGAAAUGUUUCGACCUUUAAUGAUACGGUUAACGCGAUCUGCGACUCUCCGGACAUCAAGGCCAUCUCUUUUGUAGGAGGAAAUGCUGCGGGUGAGCACAUUUACAAGCGCGCAGCUGAGACCGGGAAGAGAGCACAAUGCAACUUUUAAGGCUCCCGUUCUAGUUCUACUAAGUACUCCCUAGUAAGUAGAAGUACUGUUACUGUAAUAGAAGUACUGUAAUAGAAGUAGUACUAGUAUUAAUUCGUAAGUAGAAGUACUGAUGUAGAACAAGUAGUAUUACUUCGAGGACCAACAUGUAUCCAGCAAGUGUAUCAGUUGACUUCCUAUUAGAGCAGAUUUUUCAUCAACAGAUCACUAAAAAUAAGAAAGAGAUAUAUUAGUGGUGGUUGUUCUUUCACCUCUAAAAGAUGGGUGCCAAGAACCAUUGCGUGGUCCUACCGGAUGCCGAUCCUGGCACUGUUACCAACGCCUUAGCAGGUGCGUCCUGUGGUGCCGCUGGCCAGAGAUGUAUGGCCAUCUCGGUUGCGAUUUUUGUUGGGGAUUCCAGCAAAAUGAUCCCGGGUAUCGUGGAAGCAGCCAGCAAAUUGAAAGUUGGACCGGGUAUUCUUUUUGUCUUCGAAGAUCAAGUGGAGGGAGGUGGGUUCUUAGAAGCUCUUCACAAGCUACAUCUUAGAUGAUAGGGCUAGUAUCUUCGUAUGGGGAAUUCUACUUGUUCAGCUUCAACUAUAACACGGAGCGACCACAUGACAAUCCUACUUGUUCACGAUUGAGUUUUACAACAUUGUUGUCAACGAACAGUCUUCUAGUACCAAAAAAUGUCAAAAAUAAUGUACCAGGUUCCGAUCCCGAAGUUGCAAUUGGCCCGGUGAUCUCCAAGGCGGCGAAGAAACGCAUUAUUGACCUUAUUGACUCCGGUGUCAAGCAAGGAGCCGAGUUGAUGUGCGAUGGACGCAGUGUGUCUGGACUACCAAAGGUUAUGAUUGAUUGAGUGCGUGAGCGUGACAUAGACUUAAAGCGCUACAGGGUUAGUAGUCUACUUCUCUUCCAAUUUUGAGUUCUAGAGCUCGUUGUUUGCUUGUAAGAUAGGAUUAUGAUGCUCUGCUCUUGCGAGUAGUAUCCUCGGACAACAAAGAAAACUUGACCGACUCGGUAUAUUUAGGUCACUUCAACAUCCGUCCACUUCUAGCUGGUCGUUUUAGUACAAGAAUUCGUCCCAAUACAGAGCACUAGAACACAGUGGAUAUUAGAGGUUUCAGUUCAACAGCAGCCAGACUAUAUUGAAGACUUCUCCUAAGACCCAGUGCCCUUGAAGACUUCUCCUUUGAAGACUUCUCCUAAGACCAUCCAUUAGUCACUCCUCUUGAAGACUUCUUCUAAGACACAUUGAAGAUCACUCCUCUUGAAGACUUCUCCUAAGACCCAUUGAAGACCACUCCCCUUGAAGAAGACUUCCUCUAAGACCCAGUGCGAGAACGGGUACUUCGUAG